AUGUCUGCCACCUACCAUACGCGAGCCCCUGAGGAACGCGUAGUAUGGGACACAGCCACGCCACCCAACGAUGAAGAGACAGCGCCGCCGACGUCAAAAGAAGACGUAGAAGCAAAUGAAGACGUGGAAACCCAAGAGAGAGACUCCAACAUCGUUGGCUGGGAAGGAGACGCCGACCAGGAGAAUCCCCGGAAUUGGUCACCCGCGUAUAAGAGCUGGAUCACGGUGCAGCUGGGGUUUUUGGCGCUGGCUGCGAGUUUGGGAUCGAGUAUCAUCUCGCCGGCUGGGAAUGUUGUUGCCGAGUACAUGGGUGUGAGUUCUGAAGUUUCUGUUCUUUCUAUAUCGUUGUACAUUCUCGGCUUUGCCUUCGGUCCACUGUGCUGGGCUCCUGUGUCAGAACUCUGGGGCAGGAGGGUUUCGAUCCUGCCAGCGCUGUUCUGCCUGGGUCUGUUUUCCAUCGGUACGGCAACGAGUAAGAACGCGCAAUCCGUCUUCAUUACCCGGUUUUUCGGGGGGCUUUUCGGUUCUGCACCCGUCAGCAAUGUCUCAGCGGCGCUGGGAGAUAUCUGGCACCCCAAAGCGCGAGGGACAGCCAUUUGCUUCUAUGCCGUGGCUGUAGUGGGUGGCCCAACCCUCGGGCCAUUGAUUGGAUCUGCGCUGCUGGUCAAUCCCCAUCUGGGCUGGCGAUGGACCGAGUAUAUCGAAGCCAUUUGGGUCUUCGCCACCCUGGCAGUCUGUAUUUUCUGCCUGCCCGAAAUGUACAGCCCUGUUCUCCUGAAGAAGAAAGCACAGCGUCUGCGCAAGGAAACGGGGAACGAGGCGCUCUACCACCCGCACGAGCGCAUCAAGUUGUCCCCCAAGACUAUAUUCACGAAGCAUCUCUCGCGGCCUCUGAUACUGCUCACGACAGAACCUAUGGUGACAUGCAUUGCGAUAUACGCCUCGUUCGUAUAUGCGCUGCUCUACCUGACGCUCGAGGUCUUCCCCAUCGUCUUCGAAGAAGACCGUGGAUGGGGUGCUGUCGAUGGCUCGCUACCCUUUCUCGGGCUGUUCGUAGGCGUCAUCUGCGCCAUGGCCAUCAAUCUCGGGAACGAGGGACGGUACGGCCGCAUCUCAGACGCUGCAAACGGGAAGCCAGUUCCCGAAGCGCGACUUGCUCCCAUGGCAAUCGGUGCAUUCCUCUUCGCAAUAGGACUCUUCUGGUUCGGCUGGACGGCCGAUCCAAAAAUCCUCUGGGUGUCUCCCGUUCUCGCUACCGUCUUCAUCGGCGCAGGGUUCAACUCCAUCUUUCAACAGUGCAUCAAUUUUCUCGUCGAUACGUAUGGUCUGUAUGCCGCGAGCGCUGUGUCUGCAAAUACCUUUCUGCGCAGCGUCUUGGCAGCUGCAUUUCCCCUUGUGGCUAAACCUAUGUUCCAUAAUCUAGGUGUCGGGCCUGCAAUGUCCAUCUUGGGAGCAGUGGCAACGAUUGCUAUACCUGUACCUUUCAUAUUCAUGAAGUACGGCUUUGCGUUGAGGCAGAAGAGUAAAUUUGCACCUGUAGAAUAG